AUGCCCAAGCCGACCGGCAGCGUGCCAUUGCCGCGCCACCAAAAGCUCCGAAGCAACGACGAUGGCCUCAACGAUGACGAGAAGAAUGGCUUCGAGACCAUGGCGGUGCAGUCCUCGUCCUCGCCUCGGAAGCGGGCCAUGCACUGCGUCGUGUCAUCACCCGCCCUGCUCGCGAUUGUCGUGCUCGUCGCUGGCGUCCUCGUGCUCAUGGCCCUCGUCUCGUUCUCGGAGGAGGAGGCGACGAUGGCGAUACAGGCGCUGCCGCCGAGCGUCGCAGCGCUCAUGGAUACGUCCGUCGCCCCAUGCGAUGACUUUUACCAAUAUGCGUGCGGCGCGUGGAUCGCCAACACGACGCUGCCGUCGGACCGGUCGCGCUACUCGCGUUCGUUUGACAGCAUCAAGGAGGCGAACGAAGCCAUCUUUAUGGAGAUCGUCCACGACAAGUGGCCUCUUCUCUCGGAGCUCUUCACGUCGUGCAUGGACACGGCGACACUGGAUGCGGUCGGGGCGGCGCCGCUGGCCGCUGGCAUUGCCACGCUUCGCGCGGCGACCACGAAUGCAGAUCUCGUGCGUGCCAUGGGCGAGCUCUCGUCACGCAGUGCGCUCUCGUUUCUUGUGGACGCAGGUAUCUACGCCGACGAGAAGAACUCGACCAUCAACACGCUCCACGUCUCGCAAGGUGGUCUCACGUUGCCCGACCAAGACUACUACACCAACGCCACCCGAUUUGCAGUGUUUGAGCCCGCGCUCCGCACGUAUGUGCGCGAACUUCUGACGCACAUUGCGUAUCCCAACGUUACCGAGGCUGUCGAGAUUAUUGUGGCGCUCGAGGUGAACCUCGCACGCGCGAGCGUGGCCACAACCGCGCUGCGCGACCCGCUUCGUACGUACAAUGUUGUGCGGGACAUCAAUGCGAGCUACCCGCUGGUGCUCGGAGCGUUCUUUGCCGGCGCCAAGCUGCCGCUGACGCCGACGUCGCCCGUCAUUGUCGCGACGCCGUCGUUUCUCAACUACACCGAGACACUGCUGGCGACGACGCCACUGCAGUCGCUCCAAACACUGUUUGUGUACCAGUACACGGCGAGCAUGGCGCCGGUGCUGUCGUCGGCCUUCCGCAACACGUCGUUUGCGCUCUAUGGUCGCGCGAUUGCAGGCCAGGAGCACCCACGACCGCGCGAGAAGCAGUGUCUCUCGAGCGUCAACGAGUAUCUCGGCGAGUUGCUGAGCCGCUACUAUCUGCAAAAGACCUUUCAGCCACAAGCGCUGGCCGCGAUUCAAGCGCUGGUCGCGUCGCUCGUCGAGACGUUCCACGGACGGCUCGCGGCGGCUGCAUGGAUGGACGCGGGGACAAAAGCUGCAGCGAUCGCCAAGCUUCGCGCCAUGUCGUCGCUUCUGGGCUACCCGUCGCGGAAGCUCGCGUACACGGGGCUGGCGCUGACGCCAACAAAUUACUUUGGCAACGUCCAGCAACUGACGCACCUCCUGCACGCCCGUGCUGUCGCCAAGCUCCGUGUACCGGUUGAGAAGAACGAGUGGCUCAUGCACGCGCACGAGGUGAACGCGUACUACAACCCGCUGGCCAACCAGAUUGUGUUUCCGGCGGGGAUUCUCCAGCCGCCCUUCUUUGACGCGCACGAGGACCUCGCACGCAACUAUGGCGCGAUUGGCAUGGUCAUUGGGCACGAAAUCACGCACGGCUUUGACGACCAAGGGCGCAACUUUGAUGCAGUCGGCAACAUGCAGCCGUGGUGGUCGGACGCGACCGCCCGGCGCUUCGAGGCCAAGACGGCGUGCAUCGCCACGCAGUAUACGUCGAUGGCUGUCCGCAACGAGUCGUCGGGCGAGCUCCUUGGACAUGUGAACGGCCGCUUGACGCUCGGCGAAGCCAUUGCUGACAUCGGUGGCCUCCGCGUCGCCUUUGACGCGUACACGGCAGCGAUCCAUUCCAAAGCGCGGGAGAAGCUUUUCUUUCUCUCGUUUGCGCAGAGCUGGUGCAUCAAAGCGACCGACCAAGCGCUGCGGAGCUCGCUGGACGACGUGCACCCGCCGGCCAAGCAGCGUGUGAAUGGCGCCGUCAUGAACAACGAGGCGUUUGCGCGUGUGUUUACGUGCCCGUCGGGCGCGCCGCUCCAUCCGCGCGAGAAAUGCAACGUCUGGUAAACCUGUCGACAAGCAUCGUGACCCACCGCC